AACGUCCGCUACCCGGGCGGCUCCUGCGCCGUAGCUGGGGCUCCGUCCGGCGGGGAGGCGUCUGGCAGAUCCCGGAGAGACCCCCCGAGCCGCCGCUCUCGGCUGGACAGCGCCUCGGUAGCCUCUCGGGCACGCGCCUACGCUGUGCUUUAACCCGGAAGCUCAAAGCUAGGGUGUGCGCGCGGCGAGCCGCUGAGGAAGGCAGGUGUGGAGCGGGCGUCUCGCUGGCCGGCGCGCGGGCUCCUUCCCCAUGGGACUGAGGGACAGGGAGAGAGCGGAGCCGGCGACUGAGAAGCGCGGAGGCGCGGGGCGUCUGGGAAAGAAGAGGUCACUUAGGAACUCCUCCCCAAGUACAAAACCCAACUGUACUAAGCUUUUUGUAAGCUAUUUCAGCCCAGAAUGGCUGUGGAAUCCAGAGCAAUUUCAACUUUAAAACCUCAGGACCAUCAAGAAGAAGAAUUAAUACUAGUGAAAAUAGAAGAUAGUAGCUUUUCUUGGAGUCAGAAAUGUAAACAGAACGGGAGUACCCAAUCUUGCCAAGAACUAUUUCGCCAGCAAUUCAGGAAGUUUUGCUAUCAUGAAACACCUGGGCCCCGAGAGGCUCUGGGACGACUCCAGGAACUUUGCCAUCAGUGGCUAAUGCCAGAGUUGCACACGAAGGAGCAGAUCCUAGAACUGUUAGUGCUGGAGCAGUUCCUGAGCAUCCUACCUGAAGAGCUGAAGAUAUGGGUUCAACAACAUGGUCCAAAAAGUGGUGAGGAAGCUGUGACUCUACUGGAGGAUUUGGAGAAAGAGUUUGAUGAUCCAGGGCAGCAGGUCCCAGAUAAUCUGCAAGGACCAUCAGUGUCAUGGAAAGAUUUGACAUAUCUCAAAACAUCCCAAGAUUCAACAAGCAUCCAAGUCCGGCCUUUGAAGACACAGCUGAAAUCCUGGAAUCCUUGUCUUUCCUCUAAAAGUGAUGCUAAGAAUAAUGAAUCAACAGCAAAAGAGGACAUUUCAGAAGAAAAAGCACCAGAAUUCUCUUGGGAUCCUUCAUUUAGAGGUGUCAGUGAGCACAAAAGCAAUUUAGAAUGGCAGCAAAGAAGUUCACCUCUCCACAGGGGCAGUUUUAGUCAAGUGAUCUUCACACACAAAUCCUUAGCAAAGAGAGACCAUCUUGAUGAAUCUCAAAGAUGCUUGAUUCUAAGUACAAACUCUGUAACAUGUCAGAAAGUUUCUACAGAUGACAGACCUUACAGAUGUGAUGUAUGUGGGCAUAGCUUUAAACAACAUUUCUCUCUAACACAACAUCAGAGAAUACAUACUGGAGAAAAGCCCUAUAAAUGUAAUCAGUGUGGGAAGGCCUUUAGUUUGAGGUCAUAUCUUAUUAUUCAUCAGAAAAUCCAUAGUGGUGAAAAAGCAUAUGAAUGCAAUGAAUGUGGAAAAGCUUUCAAUCAGAGCUCGGCUCUCACUAGACAUCGGAAAAUUCAUACAGGUGAGAAAGCUUGUAAAUGUAAUGAGUGUGGAAAAGCAUUCAGUCAAAGUUCUUACUUAAUUAUACAUCAAAGAAUUCACUCUGGUGAGAAACCCUACGGGUGUAGUGAAUGUGGAAAAACCUUUAGCCAGAGCUCAAAGCUUAUUAGACAUCAGCGAAUUCAUACAGGAGAGAGACCAUAUGAAUGUAAUGAAUGUGGAAAAGCUUUCAAGCAGAGUUCAGAGCUGAUUACCCAUCAGAGGAUACACAGUGGAGAGAAACCUUAUGAAUGUAAUGAGUGUGGAAAGGCCUUCAGUCUGAAUUCAAACCUCAUAAGACAUCAAAGAAUCCACAGUGGAGAGGAGCCUUAUCAGUGUAAUGACUGUGGCAAAACCUUCAAAAGGAGCUCAGCCCUUGUUCAGCACCAGAGAAUCCACUCUGGGGAUGAAGCGUAUAUAUGUAAUGAAUGUGGGAAGGCUUUUAGGCACAGGUCAGUGUUGAUGCGCCAUCAGAGAGUCCAUGCUAUUAAGUAACUUAAUACAAUAAUUCAUAAAUACAUCCAUAUAUUUUUAUCUUUAUCAGUCAAAAGGUUGACUUUGGAGCAAGAUCCCAAGGUAAUUUAAAAAUAACAAAAAAAAAACCAGUCUUAAUCUAACUUGCCUUGUGUGGCACUUCCCCAAUGCUAAUGAAAUUUUCUUUGAAACUUCCUGUGACUUAACCAGAAAGAAAUAAUAAGACCAUUACUUUGAGCUUUGCUCUUAACAUUAGGAAUACUCAGGAAAAAAAGAAGUAAUGCAAUAUUGAGACCUUAUUAUCUAUGAGAAUGUCACGGGAAAAGGCUUCAUUCUGCCACUACAUCUGACUGUCAGUGUACCAGGUUUGUGAGACAGCAUGGUUGGCAUUAAGAGAUUGCUUAAGGAACUCAAAAACUUAACAGUCAACAGACAAUGAGAAAACAUUUUCAUUGAUGAUUUGUUGAUCCGAAGACAAGCCCAAAAUGAAAUGAACUUGAAAAGUAAAAGAUACAAGUUAAUUUAUACAAGUGAAGAGUCUCCUCUGUUCCCCACUGCCAUGCUGGGAACUAACUUAGUGCUUCACAUGCUAGCAAGUAGUUAGUCCUGUUAUUUUUUAAUACUCAUUUUGUGUCAGGAACUAGGAAUAUAAUGGAGUGGGGAAGAAGGAUUUCUAUAGUCUAAUAGCUAUUACCAGUCAGGUAAUGACAAUGUGGUCAGUCUAUUAUGACUUUGAGUGCUGCUUAAGCACUUUUCCCAUUUCCUUGUCCAAGAACUUGGAUAAAGGAAAUUGAAAUGAUAUGAAGAUUGAAGGGUUAACCAGGAAAGAAAGCCAGGUAACAGGAAAGGAAGAGAUCUUUUUGUUUAAUGGAAGGAACAAAACAUGGAACAUUGCCUACUGAGUUCAGAAUUGCUAUCACAUCUCUGAGAAGUAUGACUGCAGGCAGACUCUCAAGCACUGCAGAUGAGCCUAUGAAGAUUAAAAACCUAAAGUCCUUAGUCACAACACCAUGAAGAGCUUUGUUUUGGUCAGUGUGGCCUAAUGGAAAAGGCGAAUAAUUAGUUUCCUGGCCCAACCUGAGACAACAUUUAAAUUUCUACAGAGAGAAUGGUAGGAGUGGAAUAUAUAAGAGAAUAGGCCAGAUAGAGACUCUCUGAGUUCUUUAGAAUAUUGGAGUUGAUGUAUUAGAAGAUUCUACGGCAACUGUAUCUAACGCUGCUUCUCCACCAUUUCUCCAUCUUAGCAUAACUGCCUGAGCUUGGGUAUUCAAAAAUUGUCACUUUCUGAGUCCUUGGCUUUUUCUCCAGAUACCUCACACAUGUCUUCUGUUAGCGAUAUUUAGCAGUAUCUUGAAAAAAAUGUAAGGACCAUGCUAGAAAAGGGACAACAAAAGUAGUAAUUACUGUUAGUCAGGACUUUCCCUCUUCUGAGGAAUCCAUCAGAAGAAUGCUGUAAGGCACUAGCAAGGUACUGUAAAGUACAGUGCAAGGGGGAAGUUGAUCAACUUAAGCCUCAUCAUCCCUGUACUCUGGACAGUGAGACAAAGGUUGAAGCAUUCCUGGCCAAUUGAAGCUACAUAAUAGGACCUAGGACCCCCAUCUCAAAAUAUUGGGGAUAAAAAGCUGUUUGGAAGAAUAACAUACCAAACUCAAAUCUAUGUAUAAACAGAAAAAUAAUUUUUAUGAGGAUAUGAAAGUAAUACUGUCUUGGACAUUUAUAGGUGAGUAUGUACUAAUCAAUAAAAAUAAUGAGCCAAAUGCCUAAUGUAGAUGUUAAGUAGGAUAAUGUUUACAAAAGGGAAAUAACUCUGGAGCUCUUACAUAGAUCAGAAGGAAAUAUAAAAGGUGUUUGCCAAGGGCUUUGUGUAUGUAUUAGUCAUUAGUACAAAUCAUAUUUUGUACAUAGGAAAUGGAGACUUGUAGCUACAAGGUCAGAAUUUGAAAUCAGAACCCUAUUCAGGGAGCACGUAAGACUAUCCAUGAACAAGAUUCAUUAACAUUUAAACAUCCCAGAAGUGCCAGUCAAUGAUCCAUAUAUGUCCAGUCUUACAACUUCAUAUUGAAGUAAGAAUGAAAGUGAUACUUAUUUUUAAUAUAAAAUGAACAAGGAUUCAAGCAUAUUAGGACUCUCUUGCUGAUGGAUGUGAAUACAUAUCUCUGGCAAUCACUACCAGAUGCUUUAAGCACUGCCUUUUACUUUGAAAUUCUACACAGAAAUAUACUUAAACCAUGAAUAUGCAGUCUUACAAGCUGUUAAAAUGUGUUAAGGAUUCAUAAUAUAUUAAAUACACAAUCUAUACAACAUGAUCACAUGUACAACAUAUGCAUUAAAAUAAUAGAAAUACACAGUUAAGAUGUUAUACUGGUUACUUCUGGGUAGUAAAGUUACAGGUAAUGCGUUUUUUAUAUUUCAAGUUUUACUACAAAAUCUAAUACUGCUUAUAGACCAAGGAGCUAGACAAUAUAAUUCAAUUAUAAAUCAUAAGCUUACUAUGUUUAAGGCUCCAGGCUUAAUCCCUAGAUCCCCAGCCGUGGGUGAGGCUGGUAGGGAACAGAAGCCCAAGAGAGUUAUAAAAAUAAGUACUUGCUUUCUGUAACAUCCCUGACUCAAGUCUAACAAACUUAACUCUGAUCUUUCACUGUUGAUCAAUUCAAUGCAGACUUACCUGACUCAUAAUAUUAGAAGAAUCCCCUUCAAAUCUCCUAUGCAAGUAACUUACAUGUUUAAAGAGUUAUGGCUGAGAAAAGCAUGUUUUGUAAAUGAUUAAUAGCUUUGGUCAUUAGUGCUUUUCUAUGAAUUCAACAGGCAUAUACAAGUUAUCUUGACUAUAUUCUCAUGUUAAAGAGCUGAAGAUGAUCUUAAGUUUCAAUCUUUACGAAAUGUGGCAGACACCAACAUCAGCUGAAAGAAAAAGUUGUUUUGUCUUUCAACAGCCUUUUCUGAAAGAAAAUAACUAAUGCCUUUCUCUCUGCUCCAUGCUUUUUUUUCCCCUCUUGCUCUGGUGGCUAAAAUGUCUAUAAAGCAGCAGUUGCUUUACAUGGAUCUUAAAUCAGUUCCAUCCUUUUUCUUCCUCCUUUCUACUUAACUGCCUGCAACCAAAACUCAGAGACUUGAACUUUUAAGGCAUUUGACAAUGGCCUAAUAACCUACUUUUGCUUGUGAACUGCCAAGGAGAAAGUCACAUCUCUUGGGCCAGUUCCAUUCCCAGGACCACAUUGGGUGGUGUACCCAUGUAAGUCCACUUCAGGGGGAAUCCAGGGUCCUCUUCUGGCUUCUGCAGGCAUUUACAUUCACAUGCACAUAAUUUUAAAGUAAUCAUUCCAAAGGUCUUUCUUAGCUCUUAGAAUUGAAGGAGGAGAAUAUCUUAGUGAAUUUAGUAUGUGAGAAUUUUAAAAGUUCUUGUUCUCAUUCCCUUCCAAUUCAACCUUAAAGUCUGAGUUUCCUGACGCUGUUUAUUUAACUCAGGAAAUAGAAACUAAGUGUGCUACUUCUCUUUUCUACCUUUUCCACCCUCUAGCCUAACUCCAUUCAUGUUGUUCUGUUAUUUACCAGAAUGAUUUAAAAGCAAAACUUUAAAAUUUCAGUUUUAUUACAAUACAUUCCCAUUACAUGCUGAUACUACUAAGCAGUUGGAGUGCAAAUUGAAUAUAUAAAUGGUAAAGUUAACAAAAGUUAUACUAAAGAUUCUUACCAAAAAUAUUAGGAUUAGGGAAAAACUAAUAAGUAGUUCAAAAGUUAGUUUUGCUAUGCGUAAUGGGUUUAUGGAUGACUUUACUUACCAACACUCACAAUUAGAAAAAGGAUUAAAUGAUAUUUAAAACAUUGAAUCAUUCGCUUGUCACCUGUAAAAAAAAAGGCAAUUCACUGUCCAUUUGAACGAUCCCUUUAUGGUAGCUCUUAAAUAUUAAUUGCACAACCUUUGGCAGUGAGAACCAUAUUUAUUGUUACCUCCCCUACUCACAAUAGCUAUUAUUACCAAGCUUUAAAAAAAAAAAAAAA